AAAAGUGCAGUGUGCAUCUAAGACUGAGCAAGUGACACUAAGAUGAUAAAUUCAUGUUUCCACAAUAGCGUUAACCCCUUUCCACACAAAAAGGAGCACGAGACGUGAAUGCCACUAUUUCAGCCACUGAUUCACACAAUAAAGCUGCUGAUGAAACGCAGGAGGAGUUGCCAACAGGGAGGGACAUUGAAAGUGAAAGUAACAAGUCGGACUGACAGACGCCAUUUUCUCGUCGACAGAGCCGCAGCAGCAGAACAGGUAACUCUCAGACUGGAGAAGAUGAAUGAUUUAACAGAUGAGGAGGAGGACGGCUCAGUGUCUGCAGUCCCCAGCUGUCUGUCUCUGAAGAGUGACAGGUCUAUGUACGAACCUCCACUCUUCAGUAAUGAACCUGGACCCUCAGACACAAAAAAGAAGAGCAAAACUCCUGUUUCUGUGGAGGAGCAGCGGUCCAGCUGUGCUUUGUGUCAGGACGUCCUGAAGGAUCCAGUCUCUACCAGCUGUGCACACUGGUUCUGCAGACAGUGCAUCGCCUCAUACUGGGACCAGUCUGCUUCAUCAGGAGACCCCCCCUGUCCCCAGUGUGGAAAAAGAUCCAGAACAAGACUGCAGACAGCCAGUCAGACCAGCUGUGCACACACAGAUAGAGGUCUGCAGGAGGUUUUAGAUGAACAUAGGAUCAGUCUGAAGAGGAGAUGUGAACGUGUGACUGAAGGAAGUGAAGAAACAGUGAGUAAAACCCUCCUCAACAGGAUCUACACUGAGCUCUACAUCACAGAGGGACUGAGUGAAGAGGUUAAUACUCAACAUGAGGUGAAGCAGCUUGAGACAGCUUCCAAGAAAAAGAUCCUCCGUGACGCUCCAAUCAAGUGCCACGACAUCUUUAAAGCCUCACCUGACCAACAGGUACACAUCAGAGUCGCCCUGACGGUCGGCGUCGCUGGCGUUGGAAAAACCUUCUCAGUGCAGAAGUUCACUCUGGACUGGGCAGAGGGUUUGGAAAACCAAGAUGUCAGUCUGCUGAUUCCGCUUUCCUUCAGGGAGCUGAACUUGAUCAAAGCUGAGCAGUACAGUCUUCUCAGGCUGCUCCAUGUUUUCCAUCCAACCUUACAGAAGGUCACAGCAGAGACGCUCGCUGUCUGUAGCGUUUUGUUCAUCUUUGACGGCCUGGAUGAAAGCAGACCUUCACUGGAUUUCCACAACAAUGAGGUUGUGUCUGAUGUCACACAGCAGUCAUCAGUCAACGUGCUGUUGACAAACCUCAUCAGCGGGAAUCUGCUUCCCUCGGCUCUCGUCUGGAUAACUUCCCGACCUGCAGCAACCAAUCAGAUCCCUCCUGCACGUGUGGACAGGGUAACAGAAGUACGAGGCUUCACUGACGUCCAGAAGGAGGAGUACUUCAGGAGGAGAUUCAGUGAUGAAGAACGGUCCGGCAGAAUCAUCUCUCACAUCAAGACAUCCAGGAGCCUCCACAUCAUGUGUCUGAUCCCCGUCUUCUGCUGGAUCACUGCUACAGUUCUGGACCACAUGUUGACUACAGACCAGAGAGGAGAGCUGCCCCAGACCCUCACUGACAUGUACUCACACUUCCUGCUGGUUCAGACCAAGAGGAAGAAGCAGAAGUAUGAUGAGGGACAUGAGACGAGUCCACGGGAGCUGACGAAGGCUGACGGGAAACUUCUUCUGAAGCUGGGGAGGCUGGCGUUUGAACAUCUGGAGAAAGGAAACAUCAUGUUCUACCAAGAAGACCUGGAGCAGUGUGGUCUUGAUGCCACGGAGGCCUUGGUGUACUCAGGAGUUUGUACAGAGAUCUUCAAAAGAGAGAGUGUGAUCUUCCAGAAAACAGUCUACUGCUUUGUUCAUCUGAGCAUUCAGGAGUUUCUGGCUGCAGUCUACCUGUUCCACUGUUACAGCAAGAGGAACACAGAGGUACUGAAGGACUUCCUGGGGAGUGACUGGGAGAAUGACUCAUCCCUGGAUGUCUUCCUGUCUGAAGCCAUGAAGAAAUCCCUCACAAGUAAGAAUGGCCACCUGGACCUGUUUGUCCGCUUUCUCCACGGCCUCUCUCUGGAGUCCAACCAGAGACUCUUAGGAGGCCUGCUGGGUCAGACAGACAACAGUCCACAAAUGAUCCAGAGAGCCAUCAACACCCUGAAGGAGAUGAGGAGUGAAGAUACCUCUGCUGACAGAAGCAUCAACAUCUUCCACUGUCUGACAGAGAUGAAGGACCACUCAGUACAUCAGGAGAUCCAAGAGUUCCUGCAGUCAGAGAACAGAUCACAGAAGAAACUCUCUGAGAUCCAGUGCUCAGCUCUGGCUCACAUGCUGCAGAUGUCAGAGGAGGUUCUGGAUGAGUUGGACCUGGAGAAGUACAACACGUCACGGGAGGGACGACGGAGACUGAUUCCAGCUGUGAGGAACUGCAGAAAGGCUGUGUAA